GGCACUAGACUAGAGUUGCUGAUGAGACAUGGCGAACUUUAAUACUACUGUCACCAGUGCGUGAGUCAGCGCCCUCCCUCUGACAUCUCAGAAGCGUGUAUGGUACCAAAAGUGAAGAGGGAGAGAGACAACCGCCCACAUAUUGGUGUGCUACAACUACAAGACCUUGAAAUUUAGCUGAAGGGCUGUGGUAAGGGGCACUAGUAUAGACUAGAGUUGCUAAUGAGACAUGGCAAAACAGCUGGCGUCACAAGAGGAUUGAGACAUCGCCCAAUUUAUUCCUCUGAUCUGAGUAACAUCCCAGAUCAAUCCCAGAACGACUGUUUGUGAAGUGGGUUCAUAGUGAGAGACAGCAGCUGGAAACCGUCGUCCACAGUGUGCUACAUCAUCUGUUGUUGUAAAAGAUGGGGAAAAUCAAACAGUUCACGAUCGCGUUCGAAGACGGGAAGGACGUGUUCGAGGCCGGGGAAUGUGUCAAAGGUCACGUAGUCGUCGAGCUGGCAGAGGAUGUGAAGAUGAGAGGUUUGUGGCUGUUGUUCCACGGUCAGAGCGAGGUGGAGUGGCGGGAGCAUGGAUCCGAUGACAGCUCCGUAACCUACAAGUCUGUAGAGACGUACUUCAAACAUGAGGUCACCCUGUUCGGCACAGCGCGGGAACAAAGCUCGCAGGGGGACGCUGCGGUGCUGCCCAUGGGUCGCCACGUCUUCCCGUUCCAGUACCAGCUCCCCGCGGAGGAACUGCCGUGCUCGUUCGAGGGGGAACACGGUUACGUUCGCUACAUCAUCACGGCCACCAUCGACAGACCAUGGAAGCUCUAUCGCACCAUGAAGACGUCAUUCACGGUUUUGGAAAAAGAGGACGAGAAUUCCAGGGAGGAUUUCAUUAGAACUCACCCCCCCGACCUGUGCCGAGCGACGACCACCCCCGGCUGCCUGUGCUGCGAGUCGGGGCCGGUAGAACUACAGGUCCAGCCGGACCGGACCAUCUACCGCCCGGGGGACGUCAUCGUCAUCAGGGGGACCGUCACCAACAACAGCAACGUUGACGUCACAAGUGUCGAGGCCAGGCUGGUGCAGAUCGCAACAUUUCAUGGAGAUCACGAAACGACCGCGGUGUUCUCGAGGAUUAAGACCAAGACAAAGGAGGCAAAAAAAGUUGUCCAGCAAGUCCAAAUCUGUGGCUGCAAGCGGGGCGAGUCCUUGACGUUUUCUGUGGACAAGGGCGCCGCUCUCCGGGUCCCCCCGAUCCCGCCGUCCGCGCUCCGGUUCUGCAGGAUCAUCGACCUCGAGUAUCGACUGGAUGUUGUUCCCUACCUGGAGGGCGCGUAUUCCUAUGAUCUGAAGACUCAGAUCCCCGUCAAGAUUGGCCCCUAUAGGCGCCACCCCCACAACAGCGCCCACCCCCCCUGUGCGGCUCCCCCUGCUGCUCCGGGCCCCCCUGUGUACACCAUCGGACCUGCAGUCAUCACCCAGCCGACAUCCGUGGUCCCCUCUGCACCUGACCUUGACCUUCGUGAGUACAACCUUGUAAUGGAUGGUCUCUAAUAUGAUUCCACCUUU